UAUGCUCUCGUAGAUAACCUCGCGUACUCGUAACUACAAACAAUAUGGCGUCACUAUUAUUAAUAGCAGACGAACACUUACCUUCAAAUGGGAGAAAACUGCCUAGACCUCGUGUUUUUCGGGACAGGACAAAUCCGCUUGAUUUUCUGAAUGAUGAGGAAGUUAUUGAAAGAUAUCGUCUUCCUCGUCAUUUCCUCUAUCGUUUGGUAGAGUUGGUAAGAGGGGACGUUGAGAGGCCAACAAACAGAAGCCACUCUCUGCCUGCAUACACACAGGUGCUGGUGACCAUAAGAUACCUUGCCAAGGCCUCCUUUUUUUCUGAGUGUGGUGACCUGCAUGGCAUCUCACGAUCAAGCGUGUCUAGGGCUAUUGAUCGUGUCACCAGAUCAAUUUGUAAUGAGCUAGAUAACAUUCAUUUCCCAUCAGAGAAUGAUGCUUUAGUUACCAAGCACCAUUUCUACCAAAUAGCGGGGUUUCCCAAUGUUAUUGGGGCCAUCGAUGGCACCCUCAUACCUAUAAUGGCCCCCAAAGAAAAUGAGCCAGAAUAUGUUUGCAGAAAGGGUUUUCAUGCUAUGAAUGUUCAGGUGGUGGCGGAUGCCUCUCUAAGGUUCACGAACAUUGUAUGUAAGUGGCCGGGUUCGGUACAUGAUGCCUUCAUCUUUGCCAAUUCUGAACUAAAAGACCACAUGGAAACACG